UGCCUCUAUAGUUUUCAUGGUAGAUUGCACCAGAACGUAUCGCCUGUCCGUUACCCCGUUAUACAUUAUUCUUUCCGAGAACAGGUGGAUACAAAGACAUACCAUUUUGCGCUGCAUAGAAUGUUAGAGAUUACAGGGGAACUUGUUUAGGCUACAAUAUAACGGUAGUCUACGUGUCGCGUCGGGGGGACUGCGGUACAUCUGAAGACGGACUAGCAAAGACUGUCAAGCAAGGAAGAUUGCCAACCAGCAACAUCAUCGGGACGUAAAAUUAUGCUCUUCAUUCAGAUACAGGUUUCCCGUCUGCGGAACAUUUGGAUUGAUAGUUUGAUUUACCAUUUCAACCAUUCAAAAAUGAUUAGUGAAUUACAUUAGUGCUGUUAACCCAAUGCAACACGUUGCUGGCAAGCGAGACAUCAUUGUGCCAUUAAUUGAUUACAAUAAGACACAUUUUCUUGGGAUGACAUCCCGGUGUGUCUCCCGUCCGUUACUUUGUUUCGUCUCCAGAGUUCCUGCUUUCUGUCAGGGGCCAGCCUGCUGAUUCCUCUCUGCCGCCACAUCACGCCACGGGGGGCCGAUGCGGCGUUUCGUAUACUGUAAGGUGGUGCUGACCACCUCGCUUGUCUGGGUGCUGGUGGAUGUCUUCCUGCUGCUCUACUUCAGUGAAUGUAACAAAUGUGACGACAGGAAGGACCACUCGCUGCUGCCUGCUCUCAGAGCAGUCAUGUCGCGAGCCCACGAGGGCCCGGGGGAGAUGGGGAAAGCGGUGGUUAUCGCAAAGGACGAGCAGGAGAAAAUGAAGGAGCUCUUUAAGAUUAACCAGUUCAAUCUGAUGGCCAGUGACAUGAUUGCUCUCAACAGGAGUCUGCCGGACGUGAGACUGGACGGUUGCAAGACGAAGGUCUACGCGGACGAUCUCCCCGACACCAGUAUAGUGAUCGUGUUCCACAACGAGGCGUGGAGCACCCUGCUCCGCACUGUCCACAGUGUCAUCAACCGCUCGCCACGGCACCUGCUGCAGGAGAUCCUGCUGGUGGACGACGCCAGUGAGAGAGACUUCUUGGGAAAGAAGCUGGAGAACUAUGCUCGUACCCUGGAGGUUCCCGUGCGGGUCCUGCGGAUGGAGCAGCGAACGGGGCUGAUCCGGGCCAGGCUAAGAGGGGCAGCUGCCACACGGGGACAGGUCAUCACCUUCCUGGACGCCCACUGUGAAUGCACAGUGGGCUGGCUGGAGCCUCUGCUGGCCAGGAUCAAAGAGGACCGGAGAUCUGUGGUAUGUCCUAUAAUCGAUGUGAUCAGCGACGAGACGUUUGAAUACAUGGCAGGCUCAGACAUGACCUACGGAGGAUUCAACUGGAAGCUGAAUUUCCGUUGGUACCCUGUGCCUCAGAGAGAAAUGGACAGGCGCAAAGGGGACAGGACAUUACCACUCAGAACCCCUACUAUGGCUGGAGGGUUAUUCUCUAUUGACCGGACAUAUUUUGAUGAAAUUGGCACGUACGAUCCAGGGAUGGACAUUUGGGGCGGAGAGAACUUGGAGAUGUCUUUCAGAAUCUGGCAGUGUGGCGGCUCGCUGGAGAUUAUAACAUGUUCCCACGUGGGUCAUGUGUUCCGGAAGGCCACCCCAUACAGCUUCCCUGGGGGCACUGGCCAAGUCAUCAACAAGAACAACAGGCGAUUGGCCGAGGUGUGGAUGGACGGCUUCAAAGACUUCUUCUACAUCAUAUCACCAGGUGUGGCCCGGGUAGACUAUGGAGACGUGUCCUCUCGCAAGGCCCUGCGUGAAGCUCUGCAGUGCAAACCCUUCUCCUGGUACCUGGAGAACAUCUACCCCGACUCUCAGAUCCCCCGGAGAUACUACUCACUUGGUGAAAUCAGAAAUGUUGAAACAAACCAGUGUGUGGACAACAUGGGCAGAAAGGAGAACGAGAAGGUUGGCUUCUUCAACUGCCAUGGCAUGGGUGGGAAUCAGGUGUUCUCGUACACGGCUGAUAAGGAGAUCCGGACAGAUGACCUGUGUCUGGACGUGUCUCGCCCCCAUGGCCCUGUGGUCAUGCUGAAGUGUCAUCAAAUGAAGGGGAAUCAGAUGUUUGCAUAUGACGCAGAGCGGCUGACCCUGCUGCACGUCAACAGUAACCAGUGUCUGGACAUGCCUACUGAGGAGGACAAGAUGGUGCCCACCCUGAGAGACUGCACAGGCAGCCGCUCCCAGCAGUGGUUCCUCCGCAACAUGACACUGACGCUCUGAUCUGACGAGGAGCAGGACCUCCACCUUCACUCACCACCACCCUGGCCAGUUUUGCCCCCACUUGAAACACCGCCCACUUCGCUCCCGCUGGCCACUACCUUUGCCUUAUUAUUUUUUUAUCAUGCAUACGCUCCUGCCUCCUUCAACACUCGCAGGUGGUGAAGAAGCAGGCAGGUAGCAGUGUUUUUUUGCAUGUUUUUUUCCCCCACUCGGCUUCGGAGGCUCGGUAAGGGCGUUAUCUGCGAUUCCGAUCCCCUCAUUCAAUCAAUAUUACACACGGUGGCUGGCAAGAGGCUGGCGUGCACACUCUCAGCCAGACAAUAUCUGUAUGGUUGACUCAUAUGAACGGGUCUGAGGUGACGUUGACUCACAGUUUUACAUAUGGAGGAAGCUGGAAUCGGAGUGACUAUCGCACUGACGGUACCGUAUAUGUCAGAUGGCUCUCAAACCUGGUCGUGUGAGCGUUCGGAGGUUCCCGACUUUUGUACAGCAGCAGCACCAAUAGCGGGACACCAUUUGUACGUCCGUGGGGUCUCGCAGACUAUGUACUCUGGCUCUGAACACAAGUGUGUGUUUAAAGUGUAGCCGUGAAAAGAGAUGAUUCUGUUCGGACAUUGUACACCCCCAAUUCACAUCUAUGUAGGAGCCACGUGUACCUCUGAGGGUGAAGGGUAAGGGUUGCUGUUGUUGAUGGGUACACAUCAAGAGGCUGACAAAACGCAAAACAUUAGAGGUGAUAAAGAACUCGUGCAUGGAGGCAUAUAGCUGUCACAUCUAAUUUACCAUUAUCCAAUUUGCAUUACAAAUGUAAUUUCGGCAGCUUUUUUCUUCAAUGCUCAAUGGCAUAAAGGUUUGCACUGUCCCUUUGUAUUACAGGAAAUAGAUAUGUCAUGUCAUAACACUGUUUCAAAACAACUGUAUAUCUGAGGCCAAAGUUACUUGGAUUGAUACGGUAUGCCUUAAGAGAAAUAGUCAAUUAUUGAAUGGGUCAAGGAAUGUAGAGAAAGGAAAAUAUCUUGACAAGCUUUGCCUCAAAGUCAACCGGAGUAGUUGUCACAGAAUGCAGUUGUUUGUUGAAAUUGUUUCUACUGCACUGUAGCACGGUCCGCUCCCCAAACAUUGGAUUAUUGAAUGUAUCGUUUAUUUUGGAUACGUUUGUCUACUUGAAGGAUUCCUUAUUCUACUUUAUACAUUAUGUCCAUCACUUUCAUUAUAAUAGUUUACUUAUCAUUUGCACGGUUCAUUAUAACAUAUCAUUUGCCCGAUCUCAACAUAAAGCAAAAAUGAUCUGUCGACAUAAAAAGGCUGUGAGUGCAUUUACAAUGUCGGUUUUGAAUAUCAAGUUUCUUGUUUAUUUAAUUAAGCUAUUGUGAAGUCUAAAGCGCCCCGAAACAUCUCAGCAUUAGUGAAUCGAUCAAUAUGAACAAUGGCAACAGUAUAAUGAGACUAAACAAAACUCAUCGUGUUUUACCACUUUACUGUGCCAUUUUGAUCGUCAGUCAAACGAUGCGUCCUGUAUCGUACCCUGUUGUACUAUUUUUGAGCAGGUCUCAUAGUAGGCUCUGGUCUAAAAGUAGUGCUCUAUGUAGGUAACAGGGUACCAUUUGGGAUGCAUGAAAAAUGUCUUGAUAUGAUCAACAUUUUUAGAAAACGGAUCAACUAUGUUUUUCAACGGAUUGUCAAACCGGACCCGUUGACACCCGGUGGUGUAAAUAAAUAACGCCAUCAUCAUGUUUUCAUCGUCACAGUGACUGUACAUACAGAACCAAUUAUUUUUCUAAGACGCUGUGAAACUUGAAAGCCCCGUUGAAAUGUAGAGCGUGGCAUGGUUAUGUAAUUGAAUCCAUUGCCCGUGCGCUGUUCAGAAAUACCAAUGGAACUCUGUUAAUGCUUUCUAGGGGUUUAUUGAAAUGUGCAAUGUGUUUUAGAGGUUCAUCAGCAAAAACCCACAAACUACCUAAUGGACAUUACUGUACUAAAAUGGAUUCAAACUAUCUCAAUGCUUGAACACUGUCAUAUCUAUGCCUAUUGUUUGUUUGGCAUUCAGACUCAAAUGAAAUGAACUCUGUUUACGUUCAUAUAUAUUUAUUGUUUAGUUUCACCUAGAUUAUCUUUAGGUGUAGGGUGAAGUUGCCCCGAGACUCAUAUCCCCCACGAAUAGUUAAGGUUGGGAUUGGGGAUGAGGAAGCUGAUCCUAGAUCAGGGGAAACUUCACCCCGUAGCUUAUCUUGACAUGCAUGGUACUACAAUAGGAAUGUACUAUAGAUUGUGUUUGAAUUUUGAACUGUUACCCUGUACAUGUAUUGGUCUAAGCUGAUGUAUGUUACCUGUUUGUACAUUUUUGUAAAAACCACCCAAAAAAAAAAAGAAAUGGAAAAAAAGUUAUCUUGAUGGAAUCUGCCAUGUGUUUGAUUACUGGGGGAUGAUAUGAAACGGUGAACAACAAAUCGAAUAAAUCUGUUGUUGAUUAAACGUUUCUGUUGAAGCUUUUAGGGUCCCCCCCCGUGUCUCCUGUCUCCUCCUUAGCUCUAGGGAUGCGUCCCAUAUGGCAUCCUGUUUUCUAUAUGCUGCACUACUUUUGACCAGGGCCCAUCGGGCUCUAGGUUCCCUGGUCAGAAGUAGUGCUCUAUAGAGGGAAUAGCGUGCCAUUUGGGACUUAAUAUCUACUAGGAGCCUGGUGGGCGCUUUAACCAUGGCUCAAUAAUAUGCUCAUUAUAGUUGCUUGGUCAGGUCUAGAGUUAGCCUACGGAGAAGGUCCAGUAUAAACUGGGGCCGGGUUUCAAUCUGAUUGCCCUUUGCCGACAAUGCGUCCUUUAAAGGCAAUGUUCCCGCUUUCGCGGAGACCACAUUCACGGUAAACGCUGCAUAAAAAAUAUAUAUGUAUGUAUUUUCCUUCCAGCACUGACUUUGAUAGUAACUACUUUAUCGAGGGAAAAUGUUCUUGCUCUGGCUGUGUAUAUGUGGUCGUCUCACCCAGCUAUCUUGAGAUGAAUGCACUAAUUGUAAGUUCGUUGUGGAUAAAUGACUAAAAUGUAAAUAUGUCGGCGCAAUCUGAAACGGCCUUUUAAAUGGCGUGUUGUCGACAAGCCGCGAUCAGAUUGGAUCUCAGUUGAAAAUGGCUUCCAAUAAAGACUCGGUCUAAGGUUGAGGUCUUGACGACAAACGAUUUCACACUAAUUUGGUUUAUGGAGGCCUUACAUUGCUAGAUAACGGUCUCAAAGCAUAUUUGCAUAAUAUUACAUGUAAUGGCAUAACUUAAUUGCUUCACUGUAUUUUUCCCUUUUCCCCACCCACAUCAGAGAAUGGGAGUUUUUUUUUUUAAAUAAAUAUUUGUAAACCUCU